AUGGAUGCCGAGUCUGUGGGCAAAAGGUUGUCUUACUUGGAGUCCACUGUUCACAGUGUUGGCUCUCUUGCUGUACAUGCAGCAGAGGGGGUUGGCAAAGAUAGGUCCAGCAGGCAAAUGGUGGCGUUUUUCGUGGGGCAGGCCAAGGAGAGGGCUUUGGAGCUGCUACGUACUUGGGAGGAGGGUGCCAAGGCCAGUAGGGAGGAAGGCAGGUCGCCGGGUCCAGGCCACAGGCCUCUACCCUUCAAGGUUCAACUGGUGCGUUUGGUUGGUGAAUUGCUCAAGCAGCAAGGGGUGGAUGGCGAAGGCGAACCCCUUCAGGAAAUCCUGGGGGCAAGUGUGGUGUCGGUGGAGGCGGCCUUCUACAGAGAACCGCGGGGGGAGUCGGCGGACCCUUGGGUGGUCACCAUUUUGUGCAAGCCUUCGCUGGAGGGGCUACGCUUGCGGUCUCCGCUGGGCAGUGAGGCGGUGCGCAGUGCCGACCAUAAAUUUGAUUAG